AUGUCGAGGUGGGAAAAUACACUGAGAGAAGACAGAUACAGGCACGAAAAGAAAAACCCUUCUUUCUCAUCCUCUCUCCUUGACAAAAUUUACCGUUCGAUCGACGAGGGUUCUCCGAGAAACCGCGAGGACUCGAUGUUUUACAAUGAUGCAAUGCCCAAGAAACAGAGCAGAAGCGGCGUGAAAAGCAGCAGAGCAGUCGAAGAAGACGAGAUGGCGAGCCUCCGCCGAGCUUGUUUGAUCGAGAAAUGGAUGGAAAAGAAGGUCAAUCAGAAGGUCGGAGUACAAAGAAGACAGCAUUUGGGUGAAUUGGACCGAAAAUUAGACCGUGAUCACGACCGUGAUCUUGAUGCUUUGUUUUUCAGCUCCACUUCCAGCUCCUCGGAUUCGAGCUCCGGCGGAUUCUCCUCCUCGGACGCUGAGUCCAUGUUGGGGUCUAAGUCGAGAUCCUCUUGUUUUGCCCCGCCGUGGCCGAAGGCGGUUCGCACCAGCGUCUCGUCCCGGUCGGUGAAAACAGAGGAAAAAACAGAGAGGAAACAGAGGGAAGUGCACAUGUUUGAUGACUAUCAUUACAGUUGCUCCUCGGAGCCGACUCCGAAGCUCGACGAAGGCAUAAUUAAGUCGAAAUCGAGGGCGCUGAAGAUUUACAACAAUCUAAGGAAGGUGAAACAGCCGCUUUCGCCGGGCGGUCGGGUUGCAAAUUUCCUCAAUUCAAUCUUCACCGCAGGGCAGACCAAGAAAACAAAGAGCACUUCAUCAAUUGGAGGAUACGAGGAAGCGAGUGUGGAGAGGAAACUGAAAUCAGGGCAAGACUCGACGUGUUCUUCGGCCUCUUCAUUUUCAAGAUCAUGUUUGAGUAAGAACUCUCCAUCUACUCGAGAAAAACUGCGAAACGGGGUUAAAAGAUCGGUUCAUUUCUAUCCGGUGAGUGUGAUCGUGGACGAAGAUUGCAGGCCAUGUGGGCAGAAAUGCUUGUACGAAGGGGAGGAUCAAACCCUAAUGCCGGUCACUGUUCCGACCGCAUGGAAAAUUGGUCGAUCUCCGGGGAGAAAAGCGGAGGAGGAGCUUAAGCUUCAAGCGUUGGAGAAAAGCAGAAGAGUUAAGGAAGCGGGCAGAGAGGUUUUGAGAGAUAGCCAUCGGAACCAAGUUACGAGUGAAUUAGUGAACAGAGAUUAUCGUGACCGCCAUGAUGGUGAUGACGAUGAUGCUGCUAGUUGUUCGAGUUCGGAUCUUUUCGAGCUUGAUCACCUUGCAGUGAUCGGAAAAGAAAGAUAUCUGGAAGAGCUUCCGGUGUACGAAACCACUCACGUUCGUACAAAUCGCGCCAUUGCUAAUGGCUUAAUAAUGUAG